CUGUUCCACUGAUGUGACCCGCAGAGGAAGACGCUGUGUUUCUGCGACCCGGGAAAAUAGCUUCCCAGCGGCUAGCAAGUUAACUCCCUAGCGUUAUUUCUCAAUACAUUAACUAAUUAACCGUAUGGUUUAUUCAUUUACUCUUUAAAUUAACAAUGCCUUCGUUUUCAAAGCGCAAACGGAGCACGCGGGACAUGAGGUGUGUGCUGUUUCCGGAGGACGUCAGGGAAACGUUCAGCAGGAGGGGAACCUGCGAGACAUCGAAAGCUACAAAGUCGUCAUGGGACAGAUGCGGGGACAGCUUCUUGGACACGCCUGUGAUGGAGAAACACAACACUACAAGACGGAUGAGCAGGGCGGUGCAGCAGCUGGCGCAGACGUCCACAUCUGUGAGGCCUGUCUCAGGAGACGAGGAUCCCGUCCACAUCGCCUGGACGUCGAGUGAGGACGAGCAGUCUGACAGCGAACGCCAGCUCCAGCCUGCUCUCACCAUCACAAAGGCCACUCGGACAUCCAGACCGACGGUCAGCGCGUCCAGCAGAUACGGCCGCUUCCUCAGCACAGGAGCAGAUACAGACGAGCUUCCCACCAUUGAUUCAGAAAGUGAGCAUGAGGACACUUCCGCUUCAAAGGAGCAAAUUUCUGAGGUGGCGGCUGAGAUCUCAGACUGCUCUUCAGAUAGCGAUGGAGAUCUCAACCCCAGCCGGCUGGACGCUCUUGCUCAGGAGCCAGCAGAGCAGCGACAGAGGUCCAUCAGCGAGUGGGUUCGGUCUGCCCAAGCGCUGCUCCAGACGCCUCCGAAACAAACAGAUAAGCCCGCGAAGACACCUGAGGACUCCGGGAAAAAGAAACGCAAGUUUGAAAGUCGGGGAUUUGCAGAGAGACUGAACAGACUUCAGUGUCGACAAAGGUCAGCCAUAAGCUUCUGGAGGCACCAGCUUGUGUCUGGCAAUACCACAGGAACAGAGGAGAGACCGGGUGUGUUAGUGCUCCAUGUUCAGAACGUGUGGGACGUUUGCGGGAUGCAGGCUGCGCUGUGCGAGAGACAUCCCGAGAAAGAGACAUGCGUCGCUCUGUUCAGCAAGGAAACAGCCACUCAGCUGGCACCCAGCGCAGGCGACACCAUCCACGUCUAUCCACCGUGGCAAAGCCUGACUGUUGAUGGUGAGCAUCAUCCCAUCAUUCUCAAUACGCAUUUCAGCCAGAAAGUUUUAGGAGCUACAAAGCAGGACAACAGUGUGACCUGCUCAAAGGUUCUGUGCCUCAAGGAGAAGACCAAACCAUAUCCUUUAACCAGGUGCUUAUGGAAAAGGGAAGAGAAUUUCAAGUCUUGUCAGGCAUCCAUCCCUAAUAAACAGACCCGCGGGGAUGCAGGAAGUGCGUUUGAGUCUCUCCUGGAGGCUUUGGAGGCUUGUGGGACCUCAGGGUCUGUAUGUGGUCCUGUGGAGGUGGUGGUCCAGAGGAUCUAUUUCUACUCUGUUGCACAGUUUCCUCACACAAGCUUACUCAGACAUCAAACUCUUAGCAAGUGUCUCUCUGGAACAGCGCAGCAACAACACGUCGGGAGGUGUUGUUUGCUGGUGCAGGACGUUUACGGUAUGUUCAGUGAGGUGGAGAUGCAGUAUGCGUCUUCAGAAGAGGAGCUAAAAGACAUCACAGAGCAGCUGCAGGGAAAAGUGUGUCUGUUGCAGGGACCGAAGGUGAUCCAGCGCCUCACUCGUGAGAGAUGUGCUCAGCUCUUCAGUUUGAUUGACAGUUUGUGGCCUCCUGCGGUUCCUCUGCGAGUUCCUGGAGAAGGUUCAUGCUCUCAGACUGUUAAAGUAGCAGCACCGAGUUUCUGUUACAGACUGGCGGGACAGCGGGACAGCGUGUUACCUAAAUGCGAAUCCCCAUUGUACCGCCUUCCUUUAAUUCAGACCCUCAGAGAGAUCUUGCAGGACGAGCCUGCGAGUCGGCGGUGCAGCUUCAAGGGUACUUUGGUUUAUAAGAGAGGACAGGAUAAAGAAGAGAAGGACCUCUUGCUAUUUGUGACAGACUCCAGCCUGCAGGAUGAGCAGAACUCAGGAAGCAUUAGCAGAACCCUUCCUGUGUACGUGAGCUCCAUGUUCCUGCUCCAGACGUCAGUCCGUCAAGCCAUCACUGCACUGUCACCCCAGUUCAGGCCGAGGCUAAUUUUCACAGACGCUGUAAUAGAGCAGGGUAAGAUAAUCAUCUCAGGGCAGUCUGUGGUUCAACUGGACUCGGAACCAUCCCAACAUGAGAACAUUUCUCCGCCCCAGUCGGUUCUGCUGGACCAGCUGAGCCCCGAGAGCCCGCCCUGCUCUCUUUGCACCGUUACAGGAGUGGUGAUGGACAUAGAUGAGAAUUCUGCUUUUUCGUGGCCAGCCUGCAGUCAGUGUGGAGACGACAGCUUAGAGGCAUUAGAAGAUAAACCAGAUGUAUUUUCAUGUGUUGCAUGCGGAGUCGUGGACAAGCCAAGCAGAAAGAUGCAGCUCGAAGUGUUCCUCAGCUGUCCCUCUUCAAGUCACUGGACUGUCAAAGUUAAGCUACAGCAAAACUCCAUCAUGUCCCUCCUAAACUCGACAGGACAUGCAGAGGGUUAUGAGGUGGAGGCGGUGCUCGGGAAGACCGUCGGCCCUCUGAACGCUUUCAUCCACGUGGUCACACACUCUUCCGCCCUCUGGAUGGGUUUGGAGGAGAUCACUCUUUGACCUGGGAUCACUAAUUCAUCUGUGUGUCUUACCUCACUGGUCUGUCCAAAGCGAAUAUAAUUUUUUACAGCCUAAUAAAUCUGGGUACAAACUGAA